CUUCGCGUCAGAAAUGAGCCAACGGAAGCCUUCUCAAGCUGGACUCCUGCUCUGGAUGUACGUAAUGAACAAGUUCUUGGACACAGCAGCAGCAGCUUCUUUGACACUGUCCAUCACACAGUGUGUGAUUCUGCAGUACAUCAGCAUCACCUGUUAUUGGGAAACGAGCGACCACCACCUGAACGCCAGCAGAUACAGACUGCAGAUUAACAAAACCUAUUGUGAAAGCAAAGAAAGCUACAAUUGUGUGGGUGUCUGUGAAACCAGAGGGUCUAACUGCUCCAUCCAGCCCAUCAAUUCAGCGUUACACUGUUUCCGUGCGGACGUGCUGGCGUACACACACACUGGAUCCAUACGCUCACCGCUGUACUUCUUCAACGGUCUCGAGUCAGUGAAACUUCCUCCCCCACAGAUUAAACAUCUCAAGCCAUCAGCUGGAUGUUUGCAUGUGGUUUGGGGAUUGACUGAGAGCUUUCCCAAGGAUGAGAAAAAACACAUACGGCUCCAAGUGGAGUUCACAACACAUGACCAGACUCGAUCACAGACUAUACAAGCGUAUUCCAAUGAGACACUGGAGCUCUGUGACUUACACCCUGGAUCCAAGUACACAGUGAGACUGAGAGCUCAGGACAAUCGAGCAUGCGUUCACUGGAGCUCAUGGACCUCUAUAGACACCACCACAGCGGAGAAAGCCCCGUCUGCGGCUCCUCGGCUCUGGAGACACAUCCAACCUGCAGAAGAAGCUGGAAAGAGACGCCUCACCCUGCUCUGGAAGCCUGUCUCCUGGCCUGAGGUCAAUGGUGUUGUGCUGAGUUACUCAGUGUCCUGUCGCAGUGAGCUGGAUUCAUCUCAGUGGACCUGCGGCGCAUUAAACGCAUCCAGAAGCUCCUGCGUCCUCGCCGUCUCAACCGAUCCCUGUCACUGCAACCUGACGGCUACCAACUCUGCCGGGACGUCACCUCCAGCUCACAUCUACAUACCCGCGCACACAGAUGCAGAACUCCCUCCCCCUCAGAACUUCAGCGUCACCCCAUUGGACGACACUCGUCUGAAGGUGGAAUGGACAGCUGCACUGAACCAAUCAGAGAGCGGAUUUGUGCUGCAGUGGAGUUCUGUGCCUCACAGUGGACCAGAUAGUCUUCACUGGGAACAUAUGAAUAACACUGCAAGAAGUUUUAAUCUCACAGGUCUUCUGCCAGAAGUCCCAUAUAAUCUGUCAGUCGUGAGUCUGUAUGGGCGACGAGCAGGAAGUGACAAGUCUGUCAUUGCCUUCACACAGGAAGGAGCGCCCUCUGUCGGCCCAAAGAUGACAGUGCUGAAGACGAGCGGCAGCGGCGUUGUUCUGAAAUGGGAACCUGUUCCUAUAGAGAAACUUCAUGGCUUCAUCCAGAAUUACACUGUUCUGUACAGUAUAAAUGGCCAAAGUGAGAAGGUUUACACUAGUGCUGAACAGAUAUCUCUGAGUGGACUAACAGCAGGAACCUAUAACAUCUGUGUAAUGGCUCACACUGCAGUAGGGGGCGCCGCUGGGCCGUGGCACAUAGUGGCUGUGGGGCUGGAGGAUGUACAAGUGAUCCCCAUACUGCUGUGCUCACUACUACUGAGUUUUCUGAUACUAAUAAUCCCAUUAUGCUUGAGAGUGAGGAUUAAACAGUGUCUCUGUCCGACCGUACCAGACCCCUCAAAAAGCAGCCUGUCCGUCUGGUCCAACACUAAACCAUGUCAGCAUAAACUAACAUCCACCAUGAGCUCCAUCAUCUCUAUCGGUCAAGCUACAAGCUAUCAGGAUUAUGCUGAGAAAGACUACGUCCCAGUUCAGGUAUUAGCCUACCACACUGUUAGACAUGACGACAAUGAGGCCGAAACCAAGACCAACAGCACUGGAACACACCUGGACCCCAAACCAGCACCAACUCAAGCUUUCCCGACACAUCUCCUCAACCAGAGCUACACCAAACCAGACCAAGUCAUUCCUGCUGGAUCUACAGCAGAAGACUUGGAGGCCUCAGCGGCCGAUCUCUUGUUUGAUUCACUCUUCAGCUGUGAAAGGAAUCCAGUAGAUUUCAGCAGCUACAUCCAUGUGUCCCAGAGCUACGCACCGUUUGUUACAACCACAGAAGCAUUCAGAACUCCCGAGCUCGUCGAGUGUUCGCACUUCCUGCAGGUUUUACCGGAGGACACCAACAUUUAGUUCAUCACAGCGUAAACAACGAGUCCUACGUGACUGGGGUUUCACAAUCCCACUCUCUCCAGCCAGCCCGCCAAAACAUGUGCCCUCAUAUCAAACACCAUCUUUGUGUGCAUUCUGAUCGACAGAUAUACACAGGCUUGGGAAGUCACAGGAGAGUUUGAAACGGCAUAAAGCUGGUUGGGACGUAAAGCCAGAUGCAAUGGAAUCUGAUAACUGGCCUGAUCUGGAAACUGUCUGGUGUAGACAGCCUCAGUUAAUUAUAAUUGCACUGGAUUUACAGAAGUUUCAUUGGCAGGUUCAAGAGAUUGGGUCUGCUCACUGUUCUGCCUGACACUGUGACCUAGCAGGAACUGCUUAUCCUACCGUCAGAUCUCGUCGAGGUCAAGGACUAGUCAUUUCCACAUGCGAUAUCUCUCACUAAACCAUCUCAAGAAAGAAAAAGGUGCAUAAACCACUGAUACCAGUUACAAACUGCAUGGAAAAAAUGUGCCAGGUGGGAAAAUUGCUUCCGUCGCAUGGAAACUUCUUAAAAUAUUUU